ACACUAGUAAACAUCCGCCACACAGACUGCAGAUAGUGAGUUAUAAUCUGAUAAUUUAGUUCGUAAUUCUUAGCGAAUUCAGUUAAAGCGUCAUGAGCUUUUUCCUUCCCAAACUGUCAUGUAAAAAAGAGAUCGACGACGCCAUUAAGACGGUGGCCGAGAAGGUGUUAGUGCUUCGCUUCGGCAGAGAUGAAGACUCCGUGUGUUUGCAGCUCGACGAGAUCCUGUCGAAGACGGCUCAUGAUCUGAGUAACAUGGCGAGUGUGUAUCUGGUGGACGUGGAGACGGCGCCGCUUUACACCCGAUACUUCGACAUCAGCUUCAUCCCCUCGACGGUGUUCUUCUUCAACGGGCAGCACAUGAAGGUGGACUACGGAUCUCCAGAUCACACCAAGUUCGUGGGAAGCUUCAAAACCAAACAGGACUUCAUGGAUCUGAUCGAAGUGAUCUAUCGAGGCGCCAUGAGAGGGAAGCUGAUCGUCCGGAGCCCGAUAGACCCGAGGAACGUUCCCAAAUAUGACCUGCUGUACCACGACAUCUAGCGACGGGUCCAGCGCGGCGUUUCAAGUAGAGUUCCCAGGGAAAUGACGAUCUGGAGUAUUUAUUCUGUGCUCUGACAUUUUUGUAUGUUUUUUAAAUAAAGCUUAUUGAUUUCACACUGA